AUUCAGACUGCUUCUAUAAACAUUUGUGAAAGAAUGUGCAAUGAGUCCAUCUGUGAAAUGUCCUUGCUACUAAAUAUUAUACGGUCAACUGUUAGUGGUAUUAUAACAAAGUGGAAGCAACUCAGCCACCAAGUGGUAGGCCACGUAAAAUGACAGAGCAGGGUCAGUGCAUGCUGAAGUGCACAGUGCGCAGAAGUCACCAACUGUCUGCAGAGUCAAUAGCUAAAGACCUCCAAACUCCAUGUGGCCUUCAGAUUAGCACAACAGUGAAUAGAGAACUUCAUGGAAUGAAUUUCCAUGGCCAAGCAGCUGCAUCCAAGCCUUACAUCACCAAGUGCAAUGCAAAGCAUCAAAUGUAGUGGUGUUGGCACGUACCUGAUAGAAGUCU